CACCGUCUCGACCCGCCUGUAGCAAACAGCAACAAAGUGCUGGAUCUCUCCAAAUAAACGCAAUGCAAUGCGCAACAGUAGGACAUUUCUACGAGGCAGCACACCGGCUCAAAGAGCCGACUCGCUCAUGAACCACACAUCCCCACAAAACAGUCUCUCCGGAAUGCGCUGUGUAUUAAUUAGAGGGGGCGGGGUUUCGCAGCACUACCUGAGUCUACAGUUCGCGUUGGAGCUCGUCUCAGUAAAUGCGCUGCCGAAUCGCUGUGCUGGGAUGGAUUAGAGCUACGACGCUGAAUUAGUCUUAACCCAGCUUUAAUUUAGCUCCACUGCAGCUAAAGCAAGCUGAACAAGAUGGCGAACUGCGGCUUAUUGGCCGUUACAAAUGAACCAGUUCCUCUGAAGAGCAUAGUGGUGGAUCUGCAGGUUAAGGGUUAUGUAGCUACAGUGAGCUCCACUCUGCGGUAUGUAAAUGAAGAAGAGCGCCCCCUGGAGGCCGUAUUUGUGUUCCCCAUGCCUGCAGAAGCUGCUGUCUGCCACUUCAGUGCCAAGAUUGCAGACAAGGAGAUAGUGGCGAAGGUGCAGGAGAGAGAGAAGGCGCGGGAGGAGUAUGAUGAUGCGAUUGCUUCAGGAGAUCAGGCCUUUCUGCUGGAGGAGAGUGACGAGAGUGAGGAUGUGUUCAGGCUGAGUGUGGGGAGUCUGCCUCCAGGCCAGAGUGCUGCUGUCACCUUCAUCUACGUCACUGAGCUCUCUGUGCAGGCUGACCACGCCCUGCGCUUCUGCCUGCCUGCAGUGCUGAACCCCCGUUACACACCACCAGGUACAGGUGGUGGUAUAGUGUCAGAGAUAACAUCAUCACCAGCAGAUGUUCCCUACUCUCUCUCUCUCACUGCCCAUGUGAGCUCUCCCAACCCCAUCACUAAAGUAGAGUCCAAAUGUCCUCUUGAGCCUCUGGUGUUCCUCAAUGCAGACCACACAAACGCAAAGGUGAGCCUGUCUGCAGGUCAUAUGUUUGACAGAGAUGUUGAGCUGUUACUAUAUUAUGAGAACGCCCACCAGCCCACUGCUAUAGUGGAGGCAGGAGAGCCCACAGCAGAGCCAGGAACUCUCAUGGGAGACCCUGUGGUCAUGCUAAAUGUAGAGUUCCCUGAAGCACCAACGUCAUUUGCAUUUUGUGGUGAGUUUGUGUUCGUAAUGGACAGAUCUGGCAGUAUGAGCUGGGCGAUGCAUAGAGAAAAAGAUGCACAGACACGCAUUGAGAGUGCCAGGGACACUCUGCUCCUGCUGCUGAAGAGUCUCCCUCUGGGCUGCUACUUCAAUAUCUACGGCUUUGGUUCACACUAUGAAUCUUUCUUUCCGAAGAGUGUUGAAUACACUCAGGAGACAAUGGACCAGGCUGUGAAGAGAGUAAAGGAGAUGCAAGCAGACAUGGGUGGCACUGAGAUUCUGCAGCCUCUGAAACACAUCUACAGUCAGCAGUGCAUCCCUAACCAGCCCAGACAGGUGUUUAUAUUUACUGAUGGAGAGGUGGAGAACACCAAACAAGUUCUUUCUCUCGUGAGAAACAAUGCUGAUUCCCACAGGUGCUUCACGUUUGGGAUUGGUGAAGGUGCGAGCACCGCGCUCAUCAGAGGAAUGGCUCAGGAGGGAUGUGGUCACGCCCAGUUUAUCACAGACGCUGAGCGCAUGCAGCCCAAAGUAAUGCAGUCUCUCCGCUAUGCUCUGCAGCCAGCUGUGGUUGAUAUUAGUGAAGAAUGGACAGUCCCAGUGGGCAUGUCCACCACACGCCUGAGCCCACCCAUUAACACAGUCUUCCAUGGUGAAAGGACACUGAUUUACACGCAACUGAAAGGAGAGAGUCAGAGCUCAGACUCUGAGGGGACUGUAACAGUGAAGUACCGUAUAGCAGAUCAAGAAGUCACCAGCACACUCAGCUACUCCCUCAAACCUGCUGAGAAUACAGGACUGUCCAUCCACAGACUGGCUGCCCGCUCUCUGAUCCGCUCUCUGGAACGGGAGGAGCAGAAUGAGGGAGCUGAGAAAGAGGCUUUAAAGGCCAGAGUGGUGGAACUCAGUGUGCAGGCUGGAGUGAGCAGCUCACACACAGCCUUCAUCGCUGUUCAUAAGGGCAGUGGAGAGGCUGUGAAAGGACCACUGUUGAGGAGGAGAGUGCCUACUACAGGGUUGAUGCAUCGAAAGAAGGCAAUGUUUCGUUCUUUGGCUCGCCAAACUGGUGGUGGAGGAGGUGGUCAAUGUGGUGCAAGGAUGGCUGGUGGAGGAGGUGGUGGUGGUUUUGGAAGAAUGGCUGGUGGAGGAGGUGGUGGUUGGUUUGGACGAAUGGGUAAGAUUAGUAUUACUUACAGUAAACAUGCAUGAACAUUUUAAUUACUUACUGAUUACCUAUACAUACUUGAAGGGCCCAUACCACAGAAAACUGAAUCUUUCUCACUUUCCUCAAAUAAGCGUUUGAUGUUGGAUGUAAACAUUGUGAACCAGUUUCAAAACUCAGCAUUCACUGUGCAGUGUAUACAGUUCAAAUAGAGAAACUAACCUGAGGAAAUGGCAGAUUUUGAGUUCUCUGUAUUUUUAAUGUCAGAUGUGGUGGAUUUUGUUUCAUUAGUAUUACUUUCUAUAAACAUGUAUAAACAUGCUAAUCACUAACAAAUAAGGGCUUUAAUCAAGAUUACCUUUGUCGAGUCGAAGACUAUGACUGGUCGAAAUCGAGGCAAGCUCGAAUCUGAAGAGUUCAAAUGAGAUCGGCUAAAUUAAGAAAAGCUAACUUUGCUAACAUUAGCUAAUGUUAUUUAUUGUUAGACAUUGUAUUAGAAUGAGCGUUGGCAAAUACAGUAACCCAAUAAAGUUUACUAUAGAGCUGCCUAU